AGACGAGUUCGCCUUAUAUUUACCUAGAACGCUUUUCUCUCGGUGUCUUUUCGCACCCGACCAUAUGUCCCCAUCAGCGCGGCAUUGAUAUACCACUGUGGCCUGCCAUCAGUCAAGGCUACCACUUCGGACGUUGGGAUAGAAAAGAAGUUUCCACCUGGCACAGUGUCCAGUCUCUCUCUCAGGCUUAAUACAUAUCCUCCUAGCGCUUUCUUGUCGGCGUAGGAAAACAACGUAUCACAAUGUUCGAGGACUUCUCUUUCUCGUCGCCUUCGUCUACCAGGCCACCCCGCCUGACGUUCGACGGCGACGACAAACCCAUGGUCGACUGUGACAGCAGUCUGAUCUCUCCACUAUCAUCCCGCUGUCCUUCCCCUCGUUCGACUACAACGCACCGGAUCCCAAGAUCCCUGCCUCGCUCACGAUCCUCUUAUUUCCGCUCCGCUCAACCACCCACCUCAGUUCCCUUGUCUGCCUACGACGACCACCAGAAGCGUCUCUCAAUCAGUACACUGACAAGAAAACUGCACGAGCACACAAUCCGAACCUCAAACAAUGACCCGCAGUUCGACAGACCCGCCACACCAACAUCGCCCCAGUCCCUCGACGCAGCCACCCGAUUCCCGGGGUACUUCCUCACGCCCCCGGACACAGACCAAGACGACGAGGGUUGUCUCGACUCCCCCUCACUCACCUCAGGCUCCCUCUCACCCCAGCCCCCGUCCCCCUUCCUGAGCCCGACUUCCGUACCUUGCGAUCCCUUCCCGCAAAGCGUGGAACUCGAUCCUCUAUCCCACACCCAGGAUAGCUGGAACGUCCGCGCCCAGCGCCAGAACAUCUCCCGUCUCCAAUGCAACCACGCCGAGAUAGAAGCCAUCCGCCGUGCUCUUAUCUCCGACGACGAGAAACUGAACACUUUCGACCCAGACGCCUGCCACCCCAGCUCCAUCCCCCCGCAGAAGUCACCCCGCCGGAGAGCGACCACCCUCCAGCGGAGCCGCUUCAGGCCCCAGCUAGGCCCCAGCCUUCUGGACCCGCCCUCCACUGAUUCCAAGGGACGGCGAAUGAGCAGCUCCGUUGCCGUACAGGCGUCUCGCGUCGAGAAGAAUUAUCAUUCAUCUUCUCGGGAUCUGAGGAAGAAGAGUGAGCAGGGUCUUAGACGGAAGAGUCUUGUCAGUGCAGCUUUGGCGUCGAUGGUUGAGAAAGAUUAUUGAUAGUAGGGUUGGUUCCUGUUUCGGUUUCUAUUCUGUUGUGAUCAUUUUCGGAUGGAUAUAUUUUACUUCUUCUUUUUAAC